AUGGCCGCAAAUUCUUUCGACGCCCCUGGGCCUCUCCCCAGCUUCUUAGAUGAUGGACAAGCCAUAUGGAACUCGGCCUUCCCCGUGCUGCCGAGGGGACCUUGCAACUACACAGAUCCCGCCCUGCCGCGCUGCGGUUGCCGCCGCUUCUGGAUCAAGCUGAAUGCCGCGCCCGAUUCUGCCGAACUCUGCCAGUGUUCCCAUCAUGCCUGCUUCCACGACGAUUUCCCGGCCCCUUCACAGCUCCCGCCCACUCCUUCCCUUGCAUUUGCCGGUCUACCUUCCCCCUAUGGUCAGGAGAAGCCGAACUCGGGGAUGAGCAGCCAACGUACAAGGGAGCUACUAACUCCAAUGGAGGAAGACCACCCAUCUCUUGCUGCGCCCACCGUGUCUUCCCAUCUUGGGGUCUCUAGAGAUUUCGGCCUUAUGAAUUUCCACGCUUCCGGUUUCAACCAGCGUGUAAUGGCUUCCCAACCCCUACAGAUCGAACCCCUUCAGAUUCAGGACCAACCACACCAGUCUUUGGAGAAGCAGGCUACCAUUCCGGAUGCCGCUCCUGUCACCGGUUGGGGAAAUGGGAAUCAUACCCAGAAGACUGAUGUUUACGGGGAUACACAGCCGUUGAGCCCGGGUUAUUUCUUAAUGCAGUCCCAGGCCCCCUCAACUACAGCUUCUAGCCAGAUGAGAUAUAUGGCACCAUUUUUCGGAAAGGGACUGAAUACACUAACACGCCCAUCUGCACCCAGGAAUGAAGCCUCUAUUCCCGAGAAGGGGGCAGAGGAUGUUGAGGAACAAGCGCAAGCUAACGCCCAGGAUGUACGUGGCCCUAUGGACUUGAUGGUGCCACCAGAGUAUAGGCGAGACAUGACACCCAGACCUGGAUCAGCACAUAACCAAUCUUUCCUCGCUGUCAAGGAUGAUGUGAAACAGUUGUCGGAUGUUGUCAACCUCCAGGAGCAAAGGAUAGACAGGCUUGAGAACACCUCCUUCUCAGUCAUCGGUCACGACGAGUGCUAUGACAAACACGAACACACAGAUCUCCGAGUCACGGACCUUGAGUAUCGUGUCGACGAGCUAGAGAAGAUUUCGAAUGACAAUGCCAGUGUCGCCGGCGCAAGCGUGGUCUCGGCGGCAUCUAAUAGCACAGUUCGUUCUUCCCAGAAGGUUACUCUUAGCCAGUUUCAGGCCCUACAGGCACAGAUUAGCGAGCUUCAGGCGACAUCUCUCCCAACAUAUAAUAAACCUUGGGAUCUGGAGGUUGUGUUUCUACCGUUUCCUCUCAAGGGUAUCUGGGUGGAUGCCCGCAAAAUCUUCGACCGGCGACAGUCAAUGGGCCCCGAUGAAGACUGGACACAACUACCUAAUACAUUGAGCAGAGCCACGCCGGAUCCUCACGACCCAGGGUUCUCGGAAUGGCCAGGACAAUAUCCCGAUUCUGGCUGGCUGCUACCCAAAGCCUUUGCAAAUGGGCGGAUGAUCGAUCAAAGACUCAGGAGCCGCGGCUUCAUCAAGACAGUCCAAGUGAGAGGGCCGGACGCCCGUGAUGUUCAGCUGGCAAUCCACAAAGCUUUUGGCAAUGUCCUCGAGCCUUCUUCCCACCUAAUCUACCACAGUGGCAAAGCUGCGCCUGAGUCACCACUGAAUGAGUUCCUUGGGUUGCGACAGGACUGGGUGCCUUUGCGCAAAAUCCACCGAGAUAACCGCCUCCGAUUCCUCGCUCCGGCCGAAAUGGCAACGCCAGCUCUUUGGGGCUUCACCUUCCUGAUGUCUAGCGUCGUCAUGAAGGCCCCUAAAACCAUUGGGACGCACCGUCUGUACAUCACACAGCCAGAGGCAUACAUUCAAGAUUAUAUCAUGGGUAAUCGUGCCCUGAUGCCGGGUUGGACAUGGCAAAGGAUACGCGAGCUCAGCCGGGUAUACCCCGAAAAACAUGAUCCUGAGGAGACAUGCAGUGAUCGUGAUGACACCCCGGAGGCAGAUGCCCUUGAAGAAUGUUGGACUAGGAGCGACGUCCUUGACGGGCUGCCCAUUACAGACGCCGCGAACCUACGGAAUAGCCCUGUGCAGUUAUCGUUCGAACGUUCCGAUAUGGCUUCGUUCCAUACUGCUUCAUCAUUCGUCAAAGCAAACGGAACGCGAGCAGAGUCGCCGCGGGCAGUAUUGCGAAAAGAGCGAAAGGCCUCCUUGACAGCCCUUUCGCGGUCCCGUUCAUUCUCGCCAUCUGGCCCGUCCACCAUUUCCCCGACUGGGAGCCGUCACAAACAGCCGUCCUUCACCCGCCAUGCGAUGAAACCAUACGAAAGACCUUAUGAUCGUCGAUCCUCUCCCCUUGUGCCUGAGCGCAGCCCUUUUGUUCCGGCUGAACAUUACCGAACUCCACCGACCAAUGCCUUUCCAACACCAACUGCGCCGAUUAAGAGACGACGCAGGAAGGAUCCGACAGAUCUUGGCUACCCCCGCCAAACCACGCCCCAUCAUGAUCGUGAUCGCGAUCGUGAUCGGUUUAUGAGCCGCUCGCCUUCCCUUGCGCCGCCCAACCGGGGCGAUAGGAAGUCUACACCUGGCUGGUACGCCACGCCGCACAGCGAACACCCUUCUUCUGAGUUCGGGUUCCAUCGCGGUAGCAGCCGCGGGCCUUUGCUCCCCUCGGACGGCUAUGCUCAGGACAGCGAUCAGGAGAUGACGGGGCUGUCCAGCGGGAGCGACGACGGCAACGAUGAGGACGACGAGAUGACGGACUGCCCUAUUGACAACGAGGCCACCCCAAGACGCUCCAAGUCUGUGCAAAUACCGCGUGCCAUUCCCGAAUCAAGCUCCAGUUCUUCCGAGAGCGACUUCUUCGAUAUCGAUGUGGAUGACCUCGACCGAGAUGACGAACUAGACGGGGCAAAGACGGAUGGCGAGGGUCAGGGUCAGGGCCACGGCCACGGCCAGAAAAGACCGUUGAAGUCUCAGGAUAUUCCGAGGGCGGGCAUCGAGACCGAUAACGAAGACUUCGGCCGCUUCAGUCAACAUAGCAGUCUAUUCCAUGAUAGCCAGGAAGACUUGAACAUUGACUUUGAUGAGGGAACCCAAGAAAUUGGCUACGACGAUGACGAUGGUGACGGAAACCAAUCCGAUAAGUCGGAAGCACCAAGCGAGUAUCCUAGCAAGAAUAUCUCCGCUGUCCUGUCGCCAGAGACUACGAAACUACCUAGUCCGUUGAUCACCUCGGGGAGCGGAAGUCGGAGCGGUAGGCAAAGCGGUAGCCAACAGCAACAGCAACAGGGUCAUCCACAGCAAUACCCAUACCCACGGGCGCUCACCAAGAGCCAGAAUUUGGUCCUGGAGAUUCAGGAUCUGAUCCGGUUGGGCCAGCCACAGCCAGAGCCAGAUCUACCGCCACAACCUCGGAGCCAGGCAGGGAGUCAGGUGGCGACUCAGGCAGAGAGUCAGGAGCUAGGUGAGACUUACGUGCCAAGAUCAUCGCAGGCGACGACCAUCGCUGCAACCACCACAACUGCGGGGGCUUGGGAUACAGGCACAGCCACGGCUACUGCCAUGACGACGACGACCAUGUCGAAGGGGAAAGAAAGAGAGACAGGGGUAGAAGGGGCGGAGACGGAGACGCAGAUAUGGCGAGGGAAAACUGCAACUACAGCGGCAGCUGCAGCUACGGAAAUAGGACCGUCAUGGGUGGCGUGGGCAGAAACGGCGACGGGGAAGUGGCCGGGGUUUGAGUUUAGGAUUCAUGAGGAUGAGACGAGGACUGAGUAG